CUCAGGAGCUUCCUGUGCGAGUGUCGGGGUCAGAGGUCACAGCUCCAUGUGGUCUGAUAGACGAUGAGAGAACAUGACUGUGGACAGAGCGAGUCGGCGUCUCGACAGCCGCCCCAUGGUGCUCUGCCGGGGUCAGAGGUCACCCUGCAGCAGGUCCAGGGUGUGUUGGGUUUGUGUGAGGAUGGAUCAGCUGGUUACCAUGGAGAAGAGCUGGAGGAGGGCGAAGCUAAAGACACAGACCAGAACACAGCAGGUGCAGAGAAGGACAGGUUUGACCAUCCGGUGGACAGCGCAGGUCUUUUCUCCUUCAUGACGUUUCAUUGGAUGACUCCUCUGGCCAUGCAUGCCCGCAGGAAAGGACGCCUCCUAUUGGACGACAUCUGGCCCGUGUCACAGCGGGAGUGUUGUCAUGCCAACAGCCUGAGGUUGGCGUCUCUGUGGGAGGACGAGCUGAGGUCAAAGGGCAGCGAUGCGUCUUUGUGUUCGGUGGUCUGGUCUUUCUGUCGGACCCGGCUCCUGCUGUCCAUCCUCUGUCUAACCGUCACACAGCUGGCAGGAUUCAGUGGUCCGGCGUUUGUGGUGAAGCGCCUGCUGGAGUACACCCAGCAGGAGGACUCGGACCUGGGCUACGGGCUGCUGCUGGUUCUGGGUCUCCUGACCACGGAGCUGGUUCGGUCCUGGUCUCUGGCUUUGACCUGGGCCCUGAACUACAGGACCGGAUCCAGACUGAGAGGAGCCGUCCUCAGUCUGGCCUUCCACAAGAUCCUGAAGCUCCGCAGCGUCCGGGACAAGUCCAUGGGACAGCUGGUCAACAUGUGCUCCAGUGACGGUCAGCGGAUGUUUGAUGCAGCAGCAGUAGGUAGUCUGUUAGCAGGGGGCCCCCUGGUGGCCGUGCUCGGUGUUGCCUACAACUUGUUCAUACUGGGCCCGACGUCCCUGCUGGGAUCAGCUGUCUUCAUCCUCUUCUACCCCACCAUGAUGUUCAGCUCCAGACUGACGGCGUACUUUAGGAGGAAGGGCGUGGCCAUCACAGACAGACGAGUGCAGAAGAUGAACGAGAUCCUCAACUACAUCAAGUUCAUCAAGAUGUACGCCUGGGUCAAAGCCUUCGCCCAGGACGUCCGCAGAAUCCGUGACGAGGAGCGCAGGAUCCUGGAGCUCACAGGUUACUUCCAGAGCAUCACUGUGGGCGUGGCUCCCAUAGUUGUUGUCAUCGCCAGCGUGGCAACAUUCUCUGUCCACAUGUUGCUAGGAUACGACCUGACGGCAGCUCAGGCCUUCACCGUAGUGACGGUGUUUAAUGCCAUGACUUUUGCCCUGAAGGUCACGCCGUUCUCUGUCAAGUCUCUGUCCGAAGCUUCAGUGGCCACGGAGAGAUUCAAGAGUCUCUUCCUGUUGCCGGAGGUCGACAGCGUCCACAUGUUGCCUAGCGAUCCUCAGGUUGCUGUAGAGAUGUGUGGUGCUAGUCUGGCAUGGGACGGAGUCGGACAGAGCACUCAGUCCAGCCCAUGUGUCCGAACAGCCGGCAGACACAAGUGCAGAGACAUAAGGGUUCUCCAGGAGGAAGAGGAGGAGGACGAGGUGACCGGCUCCCUGCUGAGAGAAGGAGGAGAUGUAGCCUCAAGUCCAGAGGAGGAAGACGGGGAAGAGGAGGCCUGUCCUCCCCUGCUGUCUGCCCCCCCCGUCUCCCAGUGCCUUCAGAGCACCCUGCACUGCAUCAACCUGAGUGUCCAACAGGGCACGCUGGUCGGUGUCUGCGGUAGCGUCGGCAGUGGAAAAACUUCCCUGAUUUCCGCCAUCUUAGGACAGAUGACUAUGUUGGAGGGCAGUGUGGCUGUCAGAGGAAGGCUGGCCUAUGUGGCUCAGCAGGCCUGGAUCCUGAAUGCAACACUGAGAGACAACAUCCUGUUUGGACAGGAGUACCAAGAGGACAGGUAUCAGUCAGUGCUGAGUGCCUGCUGUCUCAGACCAGAUCUCACAUUGCUGCCUAAUGCUGACCUUACAGAGAUUGGCGAGCGUGGUGCCAACCUGAGUGGUGGGCAGCGCCAGCGAAUCAGCUUGGCCCGCGCCCUCUACAGUGACCGGGAUGUUUACGUCCUGGAUGACCCGCUCAGCAGCCUCGACGCCCACGUGGCCAACCACAUCUUCCACAACGCCAUCAAGAAGCAGCUUCGCCACAAGACCGUCAUCUUCAUCACUCACCAGCUGCAGUACCUGGUGGACUGUGAUGAUGUCAUCCUGAUGAGAGAGGGGAGUAUAGCGGAGCAGGGUAACCAUGACAACCUGAUGAAACUGAAUCGAGACUACGCCGCCAUGUUCAAUCACUUCCAGCUCGGAGACACUCCUCACAUAGAGGCUCCCAGCAGGAAGAAUGGCGGUUCUCAGAGGAAACCAGCUGACAUUAAACCAAAAUCAGUGAAGAAGGACACUCCGGUCAUCAAGGGGGAGGAGCAGCAGUGUGGGGGCGUGGCCUGGCCCGUGUUCCGGCUCUACAUGGCGGCGUGCGGUGGCUCCGCCCCCUGCCUGUUGAUCCUGGCUCUGUUCGUUCUCAAUGUGGGAAGCUCUGCCUUCUGCCAGUGGUGGCUCAGCUACUGGAUCAACCAGGGCAGCGGGAACACCACGGUAACCCAGGGCAACAGCUCAGCUGUGAGCGCCAGCGUGAAGGACAAUCCAAUGAUGCAACAGUACGCCGCGGUCUACGCUUCCUCCAUGGGAGUCAUGCUGCUCUUCAAGCUCUUCAGAGGCAUCGCCUUCGUCAAGGGAACUCUGCGCGCCUCCUCGAAGCUGCAUGACCAGCUCUUUCGCAAGAUCCUCCGCUGCCCCAUGAAGUUCUUCGACACAACUCCCACUGCACGAAUCCUAAACCGCUUCUCCAAGGACAUGGACGAAGUCGACACGCGUCUGCCCUUCCAGACUGAGAUGUUAAUCCAGAACGUGAUCCUGGUCUUCUUCUGCCUGAGUGUUGUCAGCUGUGUUUUCCCAUGGUUCCUGGUAGCGGUGGGUCCCCUGGUGUUGCUGUUCGCAGCGCUCCACAGCAUCUCCAGGGUCUUCAUCCGGGAGCUGAAGCGCCUGGACAACGUGACUAUGACGCCCCUCAUGUCCCACAUCACCUCCAGCAUCCAGGGCCUGGCCACACUGCAGGCAUAUGGCAGGGGCGACGACUUCCUCAACAGGUACCAGAUUCUGCUGGACCAGAACCAGGCUCCCUUCUACUUGUUCAGCUGUGCAAUGCGCUGGCUGGCGGUGCGUCUGGACGUCAUCAGUGUUGGUCUGAUCAGCAUUACCGCCCUGAUGAUGGUCCUGAUGCAUGGGCAGAUCCCUCCCGCCUACGCUGGCCUCGCCAUCUCCUACGCUGUCCAGUUAACAGGACUGUUCCAGUUCACAGUGCGUUUGGCCUCUGAGACUGAAGCUCGCUUCACCUCCGUCGAGAGAAUCCACCACUACAUCCAGUCCCUGUCCCAGGAAGCCCCGGCCCGGGUCGAAGGUCGCGCCCCUCCGGCUGACUGGCCCCAGCAGGGGGAGCUGGUGCUCAGGGAGGUGGACAUGAGGUACCAGGAGAACCUCCCAUUGGUUCUCAACAGGAUCUCCUGCACCAUCCGGCCCAAAGAGAAGGUCGGCAUUGUCGGCAGGACUGGAUCAGGGAAGUCGUCUCUGGGCGUGGUUCUGUUCAGGCUGGUGGAGCACUGUGGAGGCUCCAUCCUGAUCGACGGCAUCGACAUCAGUGACAUCGGACUGGCCGACCUCCGCAGCAAGCUGUCCAUCAUCCCCCAGGACCCCGUGCUGUUCAGUGGGACCGUCAGGUUCAACUUGGACCCGUUUCACCAGUACAGCGAGGAGCAGAUCUGGGACGCUCUGGAGAGAAGUCACAUGAAGGAGUGUGUGUCCCAGCUGCCCCUGAAGUUGGAGUCGGAGGUGGUGGAGAACGGAGAGAACUUCUCCGUGGGAGAGAGACAGCUGCUGUGUGUCGCCAGAGCUCUGCUGAGACAAUGCAAGGUCCUGAUCCUUGACGAGGCCACAGCAGCCAUGGAUGCGGAGACGGACGCUCUGAUCCAGGAGACCAUCAGGAGCUCGUUCCAGGACUGCACCACCCUGACCAUCGCCCACCGCCUGCACACCGUCCUUGCCUCAGACCGCAUCAUGGUGCUCAACCAGGGACAGGUGGCGGAGUUUGACGAGCCGUCCAAGCUGCUGGCCAAUGAGAACUCUCGGCUGUGCUCCAUGCUGGCCGCCGUGGAAAACAAGAUCUCCGUCCGAGGAUGAGGAGGAGGAUGAAGAGCGCGCUGGAUUACAGGAAGUCUAGUUUCUGUAGAUGUUUAUUUAACGGGACAACAAAGAUCACAUUCGAGGUCGGACUGAUGUGAUGGUCCUGGUCCUGGUCCUGGUCCUCUUCUGUACUCUAUGUUAUAGCUAAAGCAGGACGCAGAGUGACGCUGACAGCAGGGCGGCUCUGGGUGUAGAAUACUGAUCUGUAUAAAACUAAAAUAUUCAGGCUGAAACACGUCUGUUGAAUCUGUGUCUUCAUCAUCUUCAUCUUCCUCACUGCUGCCUCUUUGCAUCAUGGGACAUAUUGUUUGGUGACGUCGUCGCUCUGUUGGUGACCUGAUGGGAACCAGGUGUGUGAAUCACUUGAGUCGCCCCCCUAAACCCUGGACCGUCAUUUUACAUGUUUUACUUCGGGGCCGAGGCCCCGAGGGGCCCGGCUGUCUGAAGCUGUUCCAGGCUCCUGCAGAGGAAACUGAUUAUUUAAAUGACCUGUGGCCCAGAGGUCGUUUCAAAUGAUCAGUUUCCUCGUUUUUAUCAGACAGCUUCUGACUCCCAGAAACUUCAUGUUUGUUUCCCUUUAUGUUUUAACGCCGGCUUGUGGAGAGCGGAGAUCAGGAUCCGGACAUAACUCACCUGCAACAGGAAGUACGCUCUGACUGUCUUUUAAUGAGGAACGCAGCAGAAGAAGAAGGAGGAGGACAGAUUAGUUUAUAAUAGUUAAAAAGUCAACCUCAGCCAGAAGCCAGAGACACGACGCGCUGCCUUCCUGUCCAUCCAUCGAUCUGCGAUCGAUAUGUGAGUGCAGGACGUGUGAAACACUGGAGACGCUGCAGUUACGUGUCGUUGACCACGAGACCACCUGACCGCCUGCGUCCAGCCGUCUCCCCCGACUUCUGAUCUCUGUGCAGGGUGAGGACGUCACGCCUUGUUUGGGGAUCAGCUGAGACAAACUGGAUGACUUGUGUCAGGUUUCGUGAGAUUCAAGUGUUGCUGAAGCGCCACGUGAGCUUCUCUCCUCAGAAACACAGGUGUUAGUUCGUGCAUCACCUUUAUUCUUUGGGAAAAGCUGGAUCUGUCACCUGCAGGUGCAUCUGCUCCCGGUGACCUGCAGGUGUUUCUGCUCCAGAUGACCUGCAGGUGUUUCUGCUCCAGGUGACCUGCAGGUGUUUGUGCUCCAGGUGACCUGCAGGUGUUUCUGCUCCAGGUGACCUGCAGGUGUUUGUGCUCCCGGUGACCUGCAGGUGCUUCUGCUCCAGGUGACCUGCAGGUGUUUCUGCUCCCGGUGACCUGCAGGUGUUUGUGCUCCCGGUGACCUGCAGGUGUUUGUGCUCCCGGUGACCUGCAGGUGUUUCUGCUCCAGGUGACCUGCAGGUGUUUCUGCUCCAGGUGACCUGCAGGUGUUUGUGCUCCAGGUGACCUGCAGGUGUUUGUGCUCCAGGUGACCUGCAGGUGCUUCUGCUCCAGGUGACCUGCAGGUGUUUCUGCUCCCGGUGACCUGCAGGUGUUUGUGCUCCAGGUGACCUGCAGGUGUUUGUGCUCCAGGUGACCUGCAGGUGUUCAGGUGUGUGAUAGUAAACAUAAACACUAACCGAUCCGAGGCUCUAACAGGCUCUAACAGGAUGUAAAUAAAAGCUGUUUAAUAUCGACGUGACUUCACUGAAGGAAAUCGCCUGUGAACCUCAGGUGUGUCCUGCAGAUGUGUUUAUCUUUCUUCUUCUCCUUUUUAAAUCGUAGUGCUUUCUCCCGCCGGUCUGUUACCUGCUGUGUGAAGGUGUUUGUGUUUGUAGUUUUAACGGUUGCUGCUGCUGUCAAACUGUAAGCGUGAGAUCUGUGACGGCCCGCGCUGGCAGGAAGGACUUCUGACUUGGUUUUUAUUUCAGGACGUCCUGUUUGUCCUCCGAUCUGCAGGAGACGGCCUCAUCACUGAUUUAAAAAACAUCAAGUGAAAGAGUUGUCCUUUAAAGACACAUUACAAGUCACAUGACAGCAUCAUGUCUCGGUGUCUCUGCUGUGUUUCUAACAGCCUUAUAGCAUGACUUCAUAACUGCCUUCAAAUACUGUCAAUAAAGUUAUUUUAAGAUUAAAACUUUGUGUUUGUCAAACAACUUUAACUUAAUAAAAUAAUAACAGCUCUGUU